AUGCUCCACUUUGAGCAUAGUAAUGCCACCUCCACCGCGAACAUACUCAGUGGUAGUUUGGUCACAGCGACUACGUCACGCGUAGUGGAUCUAUCGUCGCACUCGUCGCACACGCAGCCCGCUGUUGGUGGCGGCGGCGGCGGCCGACCGGCUCCUUGCACGGACCGCGCCCCGCACUCACCCCCGCCGACACCCGUCGUAUCCCGCGCAUCGGAAGACGUAGCAUUAUGCACGUUAUCAGACAAUGUUAAUAAAAAUAUGCCUCGCGUACCUACUACCGUAUUGUUAGCCACCGCUCGUGUUUUAAUGAUCGAUAGAGACGGUAACGAACAUUAUAUUAGAGCAUUAUUGGACAGUGCUUCUCAAACCGAUGAUAGUUACGCUACUCCUGGGAACAUUGACAUGUUAAUCGGUGCCUCAAUUUUCCCGCAUUUAAUAUUGUCCCGUAAGGUUAAAGGUCAACCCGCAUACGUCUCGCCGUAUGCUAUUGAGACCGUAUUAGGCUUUGUUAUUGUAGGUUCAGCUCCCGCUAGAUCAAAUACCGAUACUUCCGUGUCUAAUAUGUUAGAUAAUUGUAAUUACACUACCACCGCGCAUUGUUGUGUUACCGAACCCACGAUGGAAUCCGUUCUAUGUAGAUUCUGGGAAAUGGAAGAGGUGAAUGUUGCACCGAUUCUCAGCCCGGACGACAAGGAGUGUGAAGCUAUUUAUGCUGGCACUACCACUCGCGAGGACGACGGUCGUUAUACCGUCGCGCUUCCCUUCAAGGGUAAUGCACAUUCUCUUGGCGACUCGCGUCGAUUAGCCGAGAAAUGUUUCUUUUGUCUCGAACGCAAAAUGCAGGCUUCGCCUGAACUCAAGCAAGCCUAUGAUGACGUCAUUACGGAGUAUUUAGAUAAGAGUUAUAUUUCACCCGCACCCGUUAAUGAUGAUAGUAAUGCUCCUUCGUAUAUAAUACCGCACCAUGGAGUUAUUCGAAAAGAUAAACUCACGUCUAAAUUGCGCGUCGUACUCAAUGCUAGCGCUAAAACUAGCACGUCCGUAUCUCUCAACGAUCUUCUUUAUAAUGGACAGAAUUUACAACGCAAUUUAUUUGAUAUUAUAGUUAACUUCAGAUUAUUUUCAGUAGCUCUCUCUGCCGAUAUUAGGCAAAUGUUUCUUUGCAUUCGUAUUAGAGAGAGUGACCGCAGAUUUCAACGCAUAUUGUAUAGAUUUUCGCCUGACGAACCUCUCCAGGUUUAUCAGUUUAAUCGCGUUUGUUUUGGACUCAAAUCGAGUCCGUUUCUUGCACUGCGUACUAUUAAGCAGUUAGCCACCGACGAAGGCGAAUCGUUCCCAAAAGCUAAGGAAGCGGUUCACACCGGUCUGUACAUGGAUGAUUUAGUAUAUUGUCUAGAUAGUGAAGAUGAGGCUAUCGUCACAGCUGCUGAGAUCAUCUCACUCAUGAAGGCCGGACAAUUUGAUCUUGUCAAAUGGACGAGCAAUUCGCAAGUAGUUUUAAAUUCCAUUCCGUCAACACAUCGACUUUCAUCGGUAGUAGAAUUCGACGUGUCUGAUACGCAUAAAAUUCUGGGUCUGUGCUGGUCUCCUAGCUCAGAUUUAUUUAGUUUAAAAAUUUGCACGCCCGCUGAAAAGUGUACAAAACGCACCAUUUUAUCUUGUGUCGCAAGAUUGUGGGAUGUAAUGGGUUUCGUAGCACCCGUUAUAUUAUUUGCCAAACUUCUUGUCAAAGAGUUAUGGUUAUGCAACUGCGAUUGGGACGACGCCCCCCCUGAAGUUAUCGUCAGACAAUGGUCACGUUUCAGGGAUGAGCUCCCCAGUCUAGAUCAAAUUAAAUUACCGCGCCAUGUUGACAUCACAAAACGCAGUGUGGUGAACAUCAUUGGCUUCGCAGACGCUAGUGAAAAGGCUUAUGGUGCUGUUGUGUACUUCCACGUCGAGACUGAUGGUGUGAGUACUGUGCAUCUUAUAAGUGCAAAAUCUAAGGUUGCACCCCGCAAGGUCGUGUCGUUGGCCCGACUCGAACUUUGCGCAGCGCUUUUGCUCGCUAAUUUAAUUAAUAAUAUUGUUACCGCUGUUAAUAACCGCUAUCCAAUUAAGGCAAUACACGCAUUUUCUGAUUCAACAGUUGCUUUAUGUUGGAUCCACGCAUCGCCCCACAGGUGGGAUACUUUUGUCGCGAAUAGAGUUUCUAAAAUUCAAUCUCUGCUUUCACCGCAUAAUUUUUAUCACGUGUCUGGUUCGGACAAUCCAGCCGACUGUCUAUCGCGAGGGCUUACUCCUGCCCAAAUAAUUCACCACCCCCUAUGGUUCAACGGCCCGCAGUGGGCUAAAUCCACCUUUUCGGAAUGGCCAGUCACCGCUUUCAAUCCUUCUGCUGUUAUGGACCCGCCUGAGGAGAAGAAACUCUCCUUUGUUACUCGUACACCGCCAGAAGAAUCUGUUUUCAUCGCUCUGGCAAAUCGCUUUUCUUCUUGGUCCAAGCUUCUUCGCUGCGUAGUUUAUAUCUGUCGUUUCGCAAAAUUAUUAACACCCGCACAUAUUUUAAAUUUUACUCCGUUGAAAUAUUUGCCCGCCGCAGAAAUAGCUGACAGUUCUUUGAUUUCACGCCACGCAUUAUUAGACAGAUUAGUGCAAACGUUCUGGAAGCGAUGGAGAGCGGAGUACCUGCACACAUUACAAUCUCGCGAAAAAUGGAAUACACCCGUCAAUCAGAUUACUGUCGGAACUGUUGUAAUUGUACGUACUGAAAACGCGCCACCACUUCAUUGGCCUUUAGGGGUUAUUGAAGAGGUCUUUCCGGCUUCUGACGGCGUAAUUCGAGUUGUUCGUGUAAAAACUGCAACCGGCUCUUAUUUGCGCCCGGUUGUACGUCUGUGCCCCUUACCUAGACAUUAG